UGUGUGUGUGUGUGUGUGUGUGUGUGUUGACACACGCAGAUGCAGUGAUGCAGAAGCUGUGAUGUAAUACCACAAAGGGAGAGCAGAGAUGUUUUCAUCCUGUCAUCCAUCAUACACGCAUCAUACAAUAAACACAAUCAUCUGAGGCUAAUUCAGAUGCUAACACACAGUCAGGUGGUGGCUCGGUCUGUGCAGACUGAAACCAUCAGAACCCUCCUGAAAACGAGCAAAAAAAAAGGUAAAUAAAUAAAUAAAAACAUCCACAACAUAUAAGAAAUUAACGUGUCCCUAACAUUACGUGUUGUCCACCUUUAAAGCUGCCCACCUACCUGAGCUCCUCAGCUGCCUGCUGGCCCAGCGUCAUCAGGACUCCCGUUGGACUGAUCUGCGCAUGCGCGGUCAGGGCGGAACUGAAGUCCGCGGGACAGAAGCUCCGGGGACUCCAUCUGCUGUAAGACCGAAACAAAGUGCUAACGCAUGAUAAAGUCCCGGCAUGUGCGCAUUCAGAGUUGUACUGUGCUGCCGAACGCUCUGCAGGUUCUCCAAUUAUCACCUGAAGAUGACGAUCCCAAGCAGGUCGGUGAGAUCCUAUACCUCAUCCAGCGGUAACCUCCUGAGGUGGGACCUUUCUUCAGAUGAGAUCAGAACCAUGACAGAUGUCUUGAUAACCAGGAUCAAGAAGGUCUACGAUGCUGUUGGAUCUCUAAACACUGAGAGUGUCUCUGCUGAAAACACCCUGAAGGCCUUGGCUGAAGCCAAACUAGAUUAUGCCU